AUGUUCGCACAAAAGGACAUAGCAUCCCCAGAAGCCAAUGAAGUUACAGGAGUCAAACUUCACGAAAUAAUUCCAAGAGUGAAAGGUACCGUAAUCUUAGAUGAUAAACUUAACGUUGUUAAGGCUUCUGGUAUCGGUAAAGGUUUGAAAAAGACACACAUUCAAGAUGUCUUGCACGCAUGCCAUGAUGAAUUAGGUAGAGUUGGGUAUUCUGUUUAUUCUGACACUCUGGGUCCAAUUCAUCUAUGGCUAAAUCCAAUGGAUAGACAGACAACUUUAGUCUUCACAGCCAAACAAGCUCCAGCUAGUGGACCAAAUCAAUACGAAUAG